AUGCUCAACUUACGAAUACAAGAAUCUUUUGAUAAAAAGAAUAAUAUUUCAAUUAAUACACAACCAACUAAUUUUUUUCAAAUAAAUUCCGAUGAAAAAUAUUGUCAUGAAUUAUUUAAUCAAAUAUCAACACUUUGGUUUGGUUCAAAUUAUGAACGACGACAAGUAUUUGAUUUACUGAGACAAAAUCAAAUUAAAUGUACAAUGCUACCAGAAUUUAUAGCAUAUUUAACUCAUUCACUUUCAAAAUAUGCUAUUGAUAUACAUGAUAUAUCAAUACGUAAAACAAUGUUAUAUGAAGUAUUAGAAUUAAGUAAAAUAGCAUUAAAAUCUAAUGAAAAUUGUGCAUUAUGUCAUUUUUCAUAUGGACAUAUUAUUGGAGUUUUAUUAGAUAUAAAUUAUUUUUCAUUAAAAGAUAAAUUAAAUGAAACAUCUUUAUUUAAAUAUCAUAUGGAAAAAAACAAUUGA